AUGUACAGUGACAAGGUUACGACGAUCGCGUGCUUCCGCAAGACAUACAGGAUGCGGCUCAUGGACAGGAUAGCAGAUGACCUGCCACCCAUCUGCAAUGCGCUUGUGAUCAUGCUCAUUCUCGACUAUGAUCACAACCACCUCUACCCAGCCACGCUCACGCUCCCUGACCUCCACCUCAGCAAGCCGCGUCCUGGGCUGUGUUAUUCUGACUGGAGCGCAUCCGCACACACCACCUCCGCCACUGAAGGCAUGGACGCAAAUACCACCGACGGCCAGCCUGCGGCGCCUUCUGCACAGAUGCAGAAGAAAAAUUAA